AUGGAAGAUGGAGUAAAAGAAUGUAGCAAAUUGCCAGAAUGGUUAUAAAAAUAAUAAGAUGCUACAAAGAACUUUCAAAAUAACUUAGGGUCUAUUGUAGAAAAAAUAUAUAAGCCAAUAAAGAUAAUUGAAAAGACAUUAGAAAAUUAGCUAGAAAUACUUUCUGAAUCAAAUUUAAAAAACCUAACGUAUACUGAUCUUAAUGAGGCAAUCCGAAAAUAAGUUAACUUGGGAAUCGUCAUGGAUCUAUUUUCCAAGAGUUGUUUUACGAAGGGAUUUGAUAUGUUUGGGGGAAUGUUAGAUCGUGUGUAGGAACUCAUGACAGAGUCUAACAUCACUUUUAGCACAUGCUAGAGGAGAUUAAAUUCAAUAUUGAUGUAUUUGUUUGUUUAAAUUAGUCCUUUUUCCUCAACAGGAUCAUUUAAUUCUACUAUUCAAUUAUAGUCAAUAGGCAAUAACAACUAGCCUUAAACUAAUUUGUGUGGAUUUAUUAGCUACAAUUAAAUUCAAGAUAAUCUUUAAGAUCCCUACUAAUAAUCCUUAUAGUCUUUGUCUAGGAUAUACGAUGAUAAUAUAAAUACUCAAAUUGAUUUUAAAACCGAUGCGACAUUCUAAGAUGCCAUUGAAUACUUAAUGGCUGGGGAAAACGAAAAAGCAUAGAGUAUAUUCUACACUCUUUAAAAUUAACAACCAAAGUAGGAAGUUUAACUUUGGUUAGCUUAUUGUAUGUAUGUUUAGAGAAAAUACUCCGAUACCAUGAAGUUUAUGUAACAAUUAGGAUAAUCAUAAGAAGAAAUUAAAUAAAACCCAUUUUUCUGGUAAAUUAUAAGUAAGUAAUGUGUAAUGUAGCCCUAAGUGUGCUUGGCCUAAAAAAUUAUAAAGAUGCUCUAUAUACUAUUUAAAAGUACUUGA